AUGAACAUUCGUUAUGUUUACGGAGAGAUUACUAUAGAUACUAUUACUACCCUCUUUGAAGAUAGACGUUCUGUGACAGGUUUCCCUUCGGGGUACUUGUUUGCCGGCCUGGGCCGGCUACAUCCGUACGGCUCGGGCAGCGGUUCCAGCAGCGGUAGCGGCCGGCGUCGCACGCGCCGUGGCCUGUCCGACUCGCCGACCGCACCCACUACUCCUACUUCGGCCUCCGAUAACGCUUCUGACGCAACUCUCACAGAUUCCGAGUUGCCGCUCGCAAGAGAUUCCACGCUAUUAGUGCAUAACGGUUAG